CGUCUUUUAUCAUCAUCGUGAUACUAGUUUAAUCAGUACAGUCCCAAGGUGAUAACACAAUUCGGAGGCUGGCACACAAGCUUACGAUUGACGAGUGUUAAAUAUUUAAUUUCUAUAUAAAAUGGCGAAAUAUGCGGAAAGAGUUUUGAGCUUAUUGUCAUUAUUUUAUCUUGCUCACGCUGACAGUUCAACUGGAUGUGACAACGGAUGGGUACCAUAUAAUAAUAACUGCUACUUGAUUAAUACAAUAAAGAGUGUAACAAGGAAGGCUGCUGCACAGGAAUGUAAUUCUCAGGAUUCUUCUUUGCUCCGGAUAACAUCACAAGAUCAGUUGACAUGGCUCAAGACGACACUGAAGCAAUAUCCAAGCAGUGGCUAUUGGACAGACCUGAAUGAUAUACCUAAAGUUGUAGCUAACAGACUAGGAACCGGUGUUUGGAAAUGGGGAAUGUACGAAUAUGCCAAUAUGUCCUUGAUCCGAUGGAACCAGUCUCCUGCAAAUGAUGGCCAAUCAACAUGCGGGGCUGUAAAUAUACAAGGAAAAUUGGCUGACUUAAAUUGUAAAGCCAAUGAAGGAUACAUUUGCCAAUAUCCUUCAUCCGGUGGGUGUGUACUCGGUUGGUUGCAAGGAACAGAUUCUUGCUACUAUGUGGCAAACACCUCUGAUCCUUCAGCCCUGAAGACAUGGGCUCAAGCCAAGACAUUUUGUGAGAGUAUGGGAGGUGGUGCGGUAAAUCCUAAGAUGAUGAUUAUUGAUGACCAGAAUGACGUGACUUUUUUGUCGGGAGAGAUUCCUUACUUAUCGCAGACGACAAAGGUCCACUGGGUUGGACUGCAGCAGAAUACCGGAGGCUCAUGGGGUUGGUACACAGGCGCAAAUCUUGAUACCAGCGUUAUAUCUUGGCAGAAAGAGCCGGACAAUGUAGCAGGAAUAGAAAACUGUGGUGUUCUUCGUAUGACAGGAGUGUUUAGCGACAGAGAUUGCUCAUCUAAUGCAAAUUUCAUUUGCACCAAACCGCAAUAUAAUACCGCACCUACGGAUAACAUGGGAUGUGGUUCCUGGAUUCGAGCUGGCAAGUUUUGUUACAGCUUCAUGGCAGGAAAAAUGAGGAAUACUUGGGCCGGAGGUAGGAGUUACUGCCAAUCAAUGGGAGCUGAUCUUAUGAAAGUGGACACUUUUGACAAAAAAACUUGGUUAGAACAACAACUGAUUGACCCUGCAAAUAAUCUUGCUUACUGGACUGGUCUGAAUGAUCAACAAAACGAAGGGAAUUAUGUUUGGGCGGACGGUUCAUCUGUAAAUCAGACUUACAUAAAAUGGAACCAGGAGCCCAAUGAUUACAAAGGGUUCGAGGAUUGUGCUGUGAUUUACACGACUGGACAAUAUAACGACAUAUCUUGCAGUUAUCACGCAGCUGCCAUCUGUGAACUUGACAACCAAGCUACUUGCAAGCCUGGAUGGAAGUCUAAUGGCGGUAAUUGUUACCUGUUUACACCAUACAACAAUAUUUCUGUACUCUACAACCAGAACGAGGCAUCCACCUUCUGUGCAACAUUUGCAUCAAGUAAAACGAAUGUUGGUAGUCUAUUGUCCGUGGAUAACAUGAAUGAAAAGGCAUUCAUUAUAUCUCAAGUAGGAGCCAUGUCCAAUAACGUUUACGGUUGGUGGACAUCACUGAACGACAAACAGAAUGAAGGUUACUGGGCUUUCAACACUAAUCCCCUGCUUAACCCAAAACUCAUUGACUGGGGAGGUGAACCCAGUACAAAACCAGGUGAUAACUGUGGCAUGGUUAUUUACGGCGGAAAUUUUCACGAACGUAACUGCUCGAGACGGAUCCCGUACAUUUGUGAGAGAUAUGCUACAGGGUACAGUACAGGAGUCAGCCUCAAAGGCAGUAUUGUUGCAAGUCUGAUUCUUUUACUGGCGUCUAGAAUCUUCUAGAAACAUUUGUAACCUCACUAAAAAACAAAACUUUGUAUGAUUUAUGUCUAUAAAAGAAAUUUCGAAGCGGAGACGAUGUGAAUGCAAGAAACGACGGAAGUGUUAAUCUAUUUUGAUUGAAUUUCGUCUUUGAGUUUAAACACGUGGAACUCUUCAUAUGCUCAUUAUUGCAUUGCCAUAAUUAUGUUUUUAAUUUGAUUCAGCUCGUUUUCGUUUUUACUUGAUUGGAAAAAACCUGUACAAUGCUCUAUGUAAAAAUAUAUAAAUUGUAUAAUUGUCCAAA